AUGGUCCAUAUCCCAGGCGAGAUCGUGCUGAACAUUCUAGCCGACGAAUGCAUCAGUAAGCCGGACCUCAAAAAUCUCCGUCUCGCUUCGAAAUGGACUUGUAAAUUCGCUACCGGCCUCUUGUUCUCCAGGAUAUACAUUUCGAAGCUCAAAUCUGACCGCGAAUCCUUCUUCAACAUCGCGGCCCGACCGCAUCUUGCAGCGGCUGUCCAGACUGUGACAUGGCUGGAGAUGUUGGAAGAUGAGACCUCAUUCACACACGUUGAACCAGGUUCGGAGGACCAAGACGUCGUUGAUGUCAACUUAUUUUCUCUUUUGCGACCCUUGGCACGUGCAUUGUUCUGGCUGCCAUUCGAGGAGCACCUUGUACGAAGCGAGGAAAACCACCAAGGGCCAUCAACAGUGCCUGAUAUAAAUGAAGAGGCGAGAGAGAGAGCAACAAUGCGAAACAUACGAAAAACGGAGAGACAAAGAACUGAAGCAAUCCAGACUUUUACACCUCAUUUCUUCGCCGCGCUCGACAAUAUGCCCAGGCUGAGAGAACUCACAUCUCAGCCAAUGCCUCCCCGACGUGAAUUCGUCAAGCCAUUUGGACUAUCGCCGUCACAAUAUCCAUUCACGUCUCAGAUGUUUCUUCGAACCAUGAGCAAGAGAGGCCUCCAGCGUAAUGAUGGAUUCUGCACCUUUCUGAUUCCAUACAUGGCCCAUAGGGCUAAUCUACAUACCCUCGAGCCCAUCACAAGGCUCCGUCUCGUCGACGAAUCCAAUUGGACAUGCACUGGGAGAUUUGAUGAAACUUUUGUUAAAAGCUUUGACAAUCUGACGCACCUAGAUCUUUGCGUCUCUAGUUUCCUUGAGGCCAGCCAAUUUGUGUGGCUGGGCCAAUGCCUCAAAGCAGCAACGCCACUUGAGGAAGUCCGGUUAUGUUUCGAACGUUCUCGAGUAUGUUCUGGCCAUACGUGGAAUUUCUUCCCUUAUCUUUUCCCAGAUGAUGGCAUAUAUUCCAGUCUCCGCACUUUGAUACUGGUAGAAAUGCCCUCAACGCGUGCAGUGUUUCAUCUCAUCAAAAAAGUGGCUAGUUCGCUGAAAAUACUUAGAUAUGAGAACACUCCUGUUACCCUUGAGCUACUACAAAUGUUGUCAAAGGUACCCGAGUUACGGCUCGAGCAGUUUAUGGUGAUAUCGGACAGAGGACCCUGGGACAGGGAUGACGACUGGGAUUUAACGGGCCUGCUACUGAGGGAGGAGACAGUUUUGGGUGUCCUCGACGGAACUAUUACCAACUUCUUCCACCGUUGGCCUCCGAAAGACAGAGACUUUCACAUAUAUACCCACUACACUGGACCUCCCUUGCGGGAACCAUCGUUCUUUGACAGUAAUCAUCGUGUUUUAAAUCAGGACAGGAUCGAUUAUAUCCAGCUGAGAGAAUGGGGGCACCCUGAUAUUGAAGAGGCAGAAAGUUCCGACGCUGACUAUGAUACUGAAGGCCCAGAGGAUUCCGAUGCUGACCCAGAGGGUCCCAGCCCUGACCCUGACUACUACGAUGACGGAGAAGUGGAUAUUAAAGAGGACGGCGGCUCCGAACAAGAUGACGAUGACGGAGAUGUGGAUAUGACGGACACCGAUGAUCUCUCAGAGACUGAUGACGAGCUGAUGGACUUUUACGCUAACUUACUCGAAACGAGCGAUGGGUCUCAGAUCGUUGACUCGACCAGCACCGGCGACUAA